GCAAGGAAGACCAGAAAUAACACGACUUACUGUCGAAUUAUACCUGUAAACCACAAACGAUUGGGUUCGAACAGUUCAUGGUUAAGACCAGGUGGUCAGAAUCGAGUGUCUAUGAGCUACAAUCAUCUCUAAUACGAGUUCUUAACGUCUAAACCACUCAGACAGCACUCACAUAAUUUUGUAACAGACAAAACACAUGUAUAUGGUCAAUUAGAUAAAAGAGAUAUGAAAAGAAAUAUGACUUAAAGCAAAAAAUUUGUAGACUUAUUUCCCAAGUCAAAUAUCUUGACCUUUCCAUGUAGAAGUCGGCUGAGCAGGUGACGGUGUUACAUUUAAAGGCAUGAAUUUUGCAUAACUUUAAAGAUAAGGCAAGAUGGCUUUACUUGUGAAACAAUGGCUGUUGCUAUCUUUAGGGAUAUUUCUUGCACACGCUCGGCCGAAAGUACCCGAUUACGAAGACGAUGUGCCCGAACUGUACGAGGGAGACAUUGCACUAACUAAAGAACAGGCCGAAAUUCUUAGGCAGUCACGGCCAACCUUCAACAAGUCAGCAGACUGGAAUCAGGAGGCUCAAACAAGAGACGCCAUAAAGAAUCCACGUCAACUUUGGCCAGGCGGAAUUGUCCCGUUUAAAAUAAGUUAUGCAAUCGACGCUAGAGGAAGGCAACUGAUUAGAAACUCGAUGAAAGACUGGACGGAUCAUGUUCCUUGUCUUCGAUUUAAACAGAGAGAGUCAGAGAAAGGAUACCUCGAGUUUGUCUACAAAAGGGGCUGCUGGUCGUAUCUUGGCCAUAUUGGUAGACGUCAAGAAGUCUCUAUUGGACGGUACACUGAGGAUCCCCCCUGUGUACAAGGAUCAAUCACUCACGAGUUAGGACACGCCAUCGGAUUUUUACACGAACAGAAUCGACCUGACAGGGAUGAUUACGUCAAAAUCAACUGGCAUAACAUGGCGCGCGGAGCAGCAAGUCAGUUUGAAAAGGCUGACCCUAAUGAGGUAGACUAUCGAGGAGAGCCAUAUGACUACGGAUCCAUCAUGCACUAUUCCAAGUACCAAGGGAAUAAUCGUCCUAAUGCCAUGACGAUGGAGCCUAUAAAAGCUAAUGCUGAAAUUGGUCAGCGUAAAAGCCCCAGUAAAAGUGACAUACGGCAAGCUCGGCUUAUGUAUGGCUGUGGCGGAACCAAAGCUGACGGCAAAAAGCCAGAAAACGAGCCCCCCGGGCCUGAGCCAGCAGCACCUCCACCUCCACCUCCACCUCCUGGACCUGGCCGCCCCCAACCUGGUUAG